AUGUCUUAUUAUCAGCACAAACAGCCUGUGAGCCUUCCCCCUGCCCUUAACCAGGAGCAGUGUAAGCAGCCUGUGCCCCAGAUCCCUGUCCCUGUCCCACAGGAGCAAGUGAAGCAGCCCACACCAGUACCUGCACCAUGCCCAGUACCUGAGCAAGUCCUAGACGUGCAAGAAGAGCCCACAAUUCCUGUGAAGAGAGUUCCUGUUCUUACUCCACAGCUGGAGCAGAAGGGAGAGCAGCAACUGGAAGAGCAGCUGGAACAUAAGCAAGAACAGCAGCUGGAAGAGCAGCUGGAACAUAAGCAAAAGCAGCAGCUGGAAGAGCAGCUAGAACAUAAGCAAGAGCAGCAGCUGGAACAUAAGCAAGAGCAACAGCUGGAAGAGCAGCUAGAACAUAAGCAAGAGCAGCAACUGGAAGAGCAGCUGGAACAUAAGCAAAAGCAGCAGUUGGAAGAGCAGCUAGAACAUAAGCAAGAGCAGCAGCUGGAACAUAAGCAAGAGCAACAGCUGGAAGAACAGCUAGAACAUAAGCAAGAGCAGCAGCUGGAAGAGCAGCUGGAACAUAAGCAAGAGCAACAGCUGGAAGAGCAGCUGGAACAUAAGCAAGAGCAGCAGCUGGAACAUAAGCAAGAGCAGCAGCUGGAACAUAAGCAAGAGCAACAGCUGGAAGAGCAGCUGGAACAUAAGCAAGAGCAACAGCUGGAAGAGCAGCUGGAACAUAAGCAAGAGCAGCAGCUGGAACAUAAGCAAGAGCAGCAGCUGGAACAUAAGCAAGAGCAGCAGCUGGAAGAGCAGCUGGAACAUAAGCAAGAGCAGCAGCUGGAACAUAAGCAAGAGCAGCAGCUGGAAGAGCAGCUGGAACACAUGGAAGUACAGCAGCUGGAAGAGCAGCUGGAACAUAAGCAAGAGCAGCAGCUGGAACAUAAGCAAGAGCGGCAGCUGGAACAUAAGCAAGAGCAGCAGCUGGAAGAGCAGCUGGAACACAUGGAAGUACAGCAGCUGGAAGAGCAGCUGGAACAUAAGCAAGAGCAGCAGCUGGAACAUAAGCAAGAGCAGCAGCUGGAAGAGCAGCUGGAACAUAUGGAAGUGCAGCAGCUGGAAGAGCAGCUGGAACAUAAGCAAGAGCAGCAGCUGGAAGAGCAGCUAGAACAUAAGCAAGAGCAGCAGCUGGAAGAACAGCUGGAACAUAAGCAAGGGCAACAGCUGGAGCAACAACUGGAACAACAGUUGGAACACAAGCAAAAGCAACAGCUGGAAGGGCAGCUGGAACAUAAGCAAGGGCAACAGCUGGAGCAACAACUGGAACAUAAGCAGCUGGAAGAACAGCUGGAACAUAAGCAAGAGCAGCAGCUGGAAGAACAGCUGGAACAUAAACAAGAGCAACAGCUGGAAGAGCGGCUGGAGCAGAAGGAAGAGGAGCUGAAGCAGCAACUGGAGGAGAAGGAAGAGCAACGGCAGCUGGAGAAAGGUCAGGAGGCUCAAGGAUGUGUUGAUGUUCCCAUCCCCAUCAAAGAGCCUGAGCUGGUCCCACAGGCUCCAGAAGAUUCCUUCCCUCCCGUAGAGCAGCAGCAGCAGAAGCAGCCAGUGCACUGGCCCUUCAAACAAUAG